GUGUGACGAGUGUGAGGCGUACUACACGGAUUCAGUCGACCUCGUGCAGCAUAUGCAGCUGGACCACAACGCGACAGAGUUCUGGAAGUGCAGCGACUGCCCUCAGAUGUUCAUUGACAAGCAAAAUCGCACAGAGCACAGGAAAGUUCAUGCCAGCAAGAAGAGUAUCGCGCGCCCGGCAUCGCCGACCAAUGGCGUUGUCUCGCCGCCGCUCGACGCUCCCGUCGUGUUUAAAAAAAAAUUCUCCGUUUCCUGCGCGCAGGAGAAGUUCAGGAGCCGGCCGGAACUCGCCGAGCACAAGAAGACGCACGGAGAGUUUUCGUACAUGUGCAAGGAGAGCGGCUGCAACGCGGCCUGCAAGGGCGUCAACGACCUCAAGCUACAUGUGCUCGUCGUGCACAGAGGCAAGGAGCCCUACAAGUGUUCGCAGUGUAACGUGGUCUACGCCGUACAGAGGGAGCUGAGGAGGCACGAGGUCGCCCACCUCACAGAGAAGACCGUGCCCUGCCGCUACUGCAGCAAAAUGUUCACGCGGCCUGUCUACCGCAACAUGCACGAACGCAUCCACACGGGCGAGCGACCGUACCUGUGCAAGAUCUGCGGCGAGCGAUUCCGUCUCAUGGGGGCGCUGAAGUGCCACCUGCGUCGCCAUGUCAACAUGAAGCCGUAAUAAUGUCCGCGCAAGUCGUUCACCGUCAAGACGGGUCUGCAGAAACACUACGAGAGUAUGCAC